GGAGGAUCGGCUAUCUACACGAGAUCCGAGAGGAGCACUUUCUGGAGGAGGCUGGUGCUGGUACUGGGGGGACAGUUGCGUGUGAAGAUGCCUUUGAAGAAGGAGAGUUUCUUGCACAUGUGAUCCUUGUAUAUAUGUCUCGUCUGCUGCGACUUUUGUGGUGGGAAGAAGUUUCCAGGGCUGGAGAUGGGCUCCCCGCGAUGUGAUGGACUGUGGAGAGUCUCCUCUAGGCACUGGGCUCUGCUCUGCAGCUGAGAACUUUCCAGUAGGAUGGGGCUGGAUGCCUGAUCACACACCCGCCCGCCACUGCUCCUCCACAGCUGCCACUGCUCCCCUUCUUGGCUGCCAGUUAUGAGGAGGUUGAGUUGGUGGUGCCUGGUGCUGGGCAUCCCCUGUGCCCUGGUUCUAGCCAGGGUGCCAGUCUCUUCCUCACACCCUCAGCCCUGCCAGAUCCUCAAGAGAAUUGGGCACACAGUUCGGAUCGGGGCUGUCCAGCUCCAGCCCUGGAGAACCCGGGGCAUUACAGCUCAAUACGCCCGCACUUGGCCUGAGAAUGAGAGCGGGCUCCAGAAGAUGGGUGCAGGUGGUGACCAAGAUGCGGAGGAGGCUGAAGGCAUGGAGCGGCUGAGGGAACUGGGUGCCCCCACUUUAGACAGAAAGUCCAGCCAUGGUCCAAGGAGUUCCAUGGGCCACAGAGGUGGAGAGGAGCUGCUCUUUCCCAGGGAGGCGCUACUCCUGGCAGUGGAGAACCUCAACAGGGUGCCAGGCCUGCUACCAUAUAACCUGUCCUUGGAAGUGGUGAUGGCCAUAGAAGCUGGCCUGGGGGACCUGCCCAUGCUGCCAUCCUCCAGCUCAUCCUGGAGUAGCGACCCGGUCUCCUUCCUUCAGAGUGUAUGCCACACGGUGGUGGUCCAGGGGGUCACUUCCAUCAUCGCCUUCCCUCAGAAUAAAGGAGAGAUUUUGGAAUUGGAGUUUAUAUCCUCAAUAUUACAGAUCCCAGUGGUCAGUAUUGUGAAGAGUGAGUUCACAAGGAAAACCGAGAAUCCUCUUCACCUGCAGCUCAGCAUUGAAAAUUCCCUAACUUCCAAUGCCGAUGUCACUCUCUCCAUACUUACGAUGAACAACUGGUACAACUAUAGCAUACUCCUAUGCCAAGAAGACUGGAAUAUAACAGAUUUCCUCACGCUAGCACAAAAUAAUUCCAGAUUUCACCUUGGAUCAAUUCUAAAUAUCACAGUAAAGCUCACCCUGACUAAUGAUGUUAUGAGCUACCUACAAUUCAACCUAGAAAGUAUAAAGGACACCACAUCUACUAUCGUUAUGUUUGGUUGUGAUAUGGAAGACACAAGACGAAUUUUUGAAACAACUGCUCAGUAUGGAAUAGCAUUACCCGAAUUUUAUUGGAUUUUUGGAGACUCCCAAAAUGUUGAUGAAUUGAAGACUGAAGGAUUGCCUUUGGGUCUGAUUGCUCAUGGGACAACUGCUGCUUCCUAUUUUGAACACUAUGUGCAAGAUGCAAUGGAACUAAUAGCCAGAGCAGUUGCCACAGCUACAAUGGAUCAACCAGAGUUGGCGCUUAUUCCCAGCACAAUGAACUGCAUGAGCAGAGACAGCUUGAAUCUUACAUCUGGCCAAUACUUAUCCAGGUUUUUGACAAACACUUCUUUCAGUGGUGUAAGUGGACAUAUCAAAGUUAAAGAUUCAUCCAUUAUCAACUCAGAAAACCAUUACUUUAUCUGGAACUUACAACAUGAUCCAGUAGGUAAUCGUAUGUGGACUCGACUUGGAAGCUGGAAGGAUGAAAAAAUUAUCAUGGAUUAUGGACUGUGGCCAGACCAAGCUCAAAGGCACAAAAAUCAUUACCAACAACCAGCACGACUACACCUUAGAGUUGUGACUUUGAUCGAGCCGCCAUUUGUCUUUACAAGAAAUGUAGAUAGUGAUGGUCAAUGCCCAGCAGGCCAGCUUUGCUUAGAUCCCAUGACUAAUGAUUCAGGAGUAUUAGACAGUCUUUUUGAAAGUUUGCAAAGCGGUAAUGACUCUGUGCCAAUUGAAUACAAAAAGUGUUGUUAUGGUUAUUGCAUUGAUCUGUUGGAAAAAUUGGCAGAAGAUCUAAACUUUGACUUUGAUUUAUAUAUAGUUGGUGAUGGAAAGUAUGGAGCUUGGAAGAAUGGUCAUUGGACAGGACUUGUGGGAGAUCUUCUCAGUGGUGCUGCCCACAUGGCUCUGACCUCAUUUAGUAUUAACACAGCUAGAAGCCAAGUCAUUGAUUUUACUAGUCCUUUCUUUUCGACAAGUCUAGGUAUCUUAGUAAGGAGUAAAGAUACAGCUGCACCAAUUGGAGCUUUUAUGUGGCCACUUCAUUGGACAAUGUGGCUGGGGAUUUUUGUAUCUCUUCAUGUUACUGCAGUAUUUCUAACACUUUAUGAGUGGAAAAGCCCCUUUGGUAUGACCCCAAAUGGCCGAAACCGCAGCAAAGUUUUUUCCUUCUCUUCUGCACUAAAUGUGUGUUAUGCCAUAUUAUUUGGCAGGACAGCUGCUAUCAAAACACCUAAAUGUUGGACCGGGAGAUUUCUAAUGAAUCUAUGGGCUAUAUUUUGUUUGUUUUGUCUGUCAACAUAUACUGCUAAUUUGGCAGCUGUCAUGGUGGGGGAAAAAAUUUACGAAGAGCUUUCUGGAAUACACGACCCUAAGCUUCAUCAUCCCUCCCAAGGGUUCCGCUUUGGCACAGUAAAAGAGAGCAGUGCUGAAGACUAUGUAAAGAAGAGCUUUCCAGAGAUGCAUGAAUACAUGAGAAGAUACAACACCCCAUCCACAUCUGAAGGAGUCACAUUUCUGAAGAAUGACCCUGAAACAUUAGAUGCUUUUAUCAUGGACAAAGCACUUUUGGACUAUGAAGUGUCUAUUGAUGCUGAAUGCAAGCUGCUGACAGUGGGCAAGCCAUUUGCAAUUGAAGGUUAUGGCAUUGGUCUUCCCCCAAACUCUCCUUUGACAUCAAACAUAUCUGAACUUGUCAGCCAGUAUAAAUCAAGUGGAUACAUGGACAUGCUUCAUGACAAGUGGUAUAAAGUGGUACCUUGUGGGAAGAGAAGCUUUGCAGUCACUGAGACUCUGCAAAUGGGUAUCAAACACUUCUCCGGGCUGUUUGUCAUGCUCUGUAUAGGAAUUGGAGUGUCUAUUCUUACCACCAUUGGAGAACAUAUUGUCUUUCGAUUGGUCUUGCCAAGAAUUAAAAAGAAAUCAAAAUUAAAAUAUUGGCUUCACACUAGUCAGCGACUCCAUCGAGCUUUAAACACAUCAUUCAAUGAAGAAAUUUUUCAGCAAAAACUGAAACGACUGGAAAGAAGGUGCAAUGCAGGAAACAGUCAGCCACGUGUAUGGAAUACUGCCAACCAAAGCAGCUGUAACAGGAGAAAGUUUAUUCCAAAAGAAGCACACAAUGAAUUAAGUUUUAGGCAUCAGCAGGAUUUGCCUUUGCCACAGUUGAGGAGAGAAACUCCAAAAUUGCUUACCACAAAUGGUAAGACUGAAUCCCUAAACAUUUCUAGAGACUCAGUGGUGCAGGAACUGACAGAACUGGAAAAACAGAUCCAGGUUAUUAAGCAAGAAUUGCAAAUAGCCAUGAACAGAAAAAAUGAACUGGAAGAAUUCCAGAGGAAAAACAGGACUGCUGAAUCUUAAAAGCAGCUUCCACAUCUCAAUAUAGGACAUGGAUGAAUAAGAAGUCUUGGCUGUGACCUAAAUCUGUGUAGUCACUGGACACGUGGAUAUCUACUGUACAUGAUAUGAAUAUUUCUUUACUUCUGAUGAGUUUCAUUUGUCUUUUUUUGUAUGAUUCAACCUGUAUUUCUCUAGUCUGUGUGAACUGUUCUCGAUAUAAAAACGUGACCUUGGAGUCUUUUAAAAACUCAGAAACACACUCAACCUCAUAUCCCCUCCAUGGUAUUAAAGGAAGGUUUUCACUUCUGAGCCCCUCUGUGUGAAUUAAUAAAACUAAAAUGGCUUUGAAUUAUCUCCACUAUGUCCUUUUGCUAGUAUUUUUAACUUUUAUGAAGGAAAUUUGCAUUUAAUGUGUAUCUGUGAAAUUGAAAAUUCAGCAGUUUGAGACUAG